GACUCGGCAGCUUGCCAGUAUGACAGUCCCAGCUGGAGCAUGAGCCACGAACUUCCUGCUUGGUGCACGAGUUGCAAAAUCCUUGCUGCAGCGCGAGUUGCGAAGUCUGCAAGAGCACGAACUGUGAACUGUUGGAGCAUGAGUUGUGAAGUGCUGAAGCACGAGCUGCAAGAUGUGGAGCAGGAGUUGCAUCUUGCUCAAGCACGAGCUCACGAGCUGCCGAGCUCAAAAGCACGAUGCAGAAUUCAAGCACGAGCUGACGAGCUCAAAAGCACGAUUCAGAAUUCAAGCACGAGCUGCCAAGCUCAAAGGCAUGAUGCAGAACUGCAGCACGAGCUGCCGAGCUCGAAAGCAUGAUGAACUCGAGCACGAUCUGUCGAGUACG